UUAUAAAAUCUUCCUUCCUGCUCAGCGAAAGAGGUUAAAAAUCUCCCGAGCUACCUUCUUGGAUAAUUGUAAUCUCUUAAAUCAGUAGAGCAAUUUUAGCACCAAAGGACAGUACAAGAAAUGAACUUCUUUGUGGAUUACAGCUGUGAAAAGAACACCAAAACCGGGAGAUUCAAACUAACUGUGCCUGAUCUCAGCACUACAAGUAUCAGAGACGUAAAGAGUGCGAUACAAGAAGCCAUACAAGCGCCGGUUUGCGAUCAAAAGCUGUUUUAUCAGGGACAGUUGCUAACUGAUGAUCAAAUGACCCUCGGUAGGUUGUAUUUCAAGGAAGGAGAGAGUUUAAAAUUACAGUUUCUCGCUGUAGCAGACAUAGUAGGAAUGCGGAAACUUUUGUCUGUGCUCCAGACAAGCGCACAAGGAAUUGUGGAAAAACUACACGGAGAGCUUCCAGACAUUAUAAUGGCAAAGGAUCCUAAUGGUUCUGCAGUGAGUUUCAGCUUUUCUCGGGACUUCGGAGAUGUAAAACUAGGCAACACGUAUCGAGCACUGCCAGAACUUGCCAGCCAGUACUUCGCUCCCUGGAAGAGUUUGAAAUCGAGUGCUCAUAGACAUUUCUUCGUUCAAGAAGGAGGAUUUGACGCAUUCUUGGAAGUGUUCAAAUAUUCAUUGAAACUUUUCCUGUUUGCAGAUUUUCAGGAAACUAAAGAUGCUCAAAGUCCAAUGGAUGUUGUGAUGUUACGAACCCUGAAUCAUUUAAAACACCAUUUUGAUCAAGGACAGCUUCUUCUUGAAUACAGAUGUCUUUCCUGUUUGUGGACCUUUGCUGAGACAUAUGAAGAUAAGAAGUUUGCUUUAUCAAAGGGUGUCUUUCCAUUAUCAGUUGAAGCUCUCCUUAUCCACCCAGAUGUAUUCAACAAGGCUGGCCUCACUGACUUAGCCAGAUUGAUUGUUUUCUUAAAUCAGUCUGCUGUUGGCUGCUGUGCAGGAUUUGUGGAGUAUGAUUCAAACCUCCAGCUAGAAGUUGCCAAAUCACCAGCAAUGAUCAGCAAAUUACUCUUUAUGAUUGACAGAAGCCAGUCUGAGACAGCAGAAUAUUCACUAUUUUCAAGUCAGGUUGCCUCCAACACGCUGUUUUACUGCACAUUCAAUGUAAAAUCUGCCCAAUAUUUAGUAAACUGUGGAGUUGUGGAAAAAAUGCUUAAUAUUACAAAAAAGCUAUUGGAUGAUGAGGAAGGAGAUUUCCCUUUAAGGUACUAUUGUUGUCUGUUCCUGGCAAGAAUGUGCUCAGCUCCUCUGGUCAAUCUGGCAGCAAGUGUUUGUUCUACUAUAGACAAACUUAUUGACACCUUCCUGGACAAGCACGUUCCCAGUGAGGUCACAAAAUAUGAGGAAGAAUUGUCUUUUGUUUGGAUGACAAUGGUACCGUUGGUUCAUUUGGCUUUCGCUGAAGGAAAAAAAUAUGCACAUGGUAGAAAGAUGAAUCAUAGUAACCAUGGUCAUCAGGUUAAUAGCUCAAAUUUGGAUUUAACUCAAGUUAAAGGAAAUCAUUUUCUAGAGAGGCAGUCAUCAAAAUCCAUCAUUACUGACUUGGGUGUAGCACUGGGUGCUGUGGAGAUCAAGGCCGAUUCCAAAAAUCCUCUUGAACCUAACAAUGAUGAAAGAGAUUCAAAACGUGAAUCUCCUCAAAGACCAGAGGCUUGUGCACAGUUGGAGGCUGAUGUGACUGAAGAAGCCAAAGUCACAAUUAUUGGGACGACUGUACAUUUUCAGAGAAUCAAACAAGUGAACACUAGCAUUCAAAAGGUCGAAUGUCAUCAUGCCACAGCUAAGACCCAAUCUUUUUCGUCUGAAAACAAAGAUUGUGUGAUGGAAAGACAGAAAAGCCAAUUCACCUUGCCAGGAUCCAAAUCAACACAGAAGCUUGGCAUUUUUUCUCUGGUGCACAUGUUUUCAGUCAAAGACAACCGAGAGUUAGCGUCAUCCGAGAAUCUCCCAGCGUACUUGGUCUGUCUGUCUUGGUAUCUACCGUGGGAAGAGAAGGAAAAAUUGAAGCACAGCAUGGGAAAUUUAUACUUCGCCUCCACACCUCCUUCUUUGAAAGUUGCCGCCAAAUCUGUACUUUCUCUGACGAGAGGCUUCGACAUGGUCUACCGGCUUUGAACGGCAUGCACACUACUUAUUAGAGGCACUUUAAAACUGGGAACAUUUUAACAUUUCAUUUCAUUCUACCGUUCCCAUGUCAGAAGCUGGGACAUUCUCGGCAUAAUACACUUACUAAGACUCGGUUUUACGUCGUAUGGCUCCUGUCGUCCUCUACGUUCCUUGAAUCAACUGCAAGUCGUACAAAGGAAAUCAAAACAUGUAGCCAAAUAAUCGGGGCACGGAGCGUUUCACUUUCCCGCUUAUUUUUCUGCAGUCACAUGGCAAGUGUAAACCAAUCAAUAAGACUCAUUCCUUGAAUAGCUACCAGCCUUUUGUGGCGGUCGAAUGAACAGGCUGUUACUUAAUUACCUAUUUAAUCAUACUCGUGAUUGACAAAUCGUGAUUUUAUUCAUCACUCGUAAGAUUACAGACCGAAUUGGACUCCACUCGUUCCUAUUACCAUUAUUAAUUACUAUCACUAGCAUUGUUGUAAAAUUAUCACAUUUUUUUGCGGUCCCAAGGCAUUCUUUGUCGAGCGCUAAGAGAAUCGAUAGGAAUAAGACAAAGAUGUUGAUUUAAAAUGAAUAACAAGGUACCUCUAAUUACACAGAGAGUCAGACAUAAACGACAAGCUCCUUAAUUUGUGGACAUCAGGUAUUUACUUAUUGAGCCAAUUUACUAAUGUAACAAGGAUUCAUUUUCAAAUAAAAGCCUAUUAAUUUUUGGUCUUCAGUUUGGAGUUGAAUUUUUAAUACGGGAUGUUUUAAUAAGGGUUCCAUUUUUAUAAAUAAAAUGAUUAUUCCAAGUCGCCAAAAAAAGACAUCUCGAGCAAUCAAACUCUCUGUCGAUGGAUAAAGACAUUAAAGAAGCAAACGGUAACGAAAUGUUCAUUUUAAUCAAUGCGCUGUUACGUACGAACUAUAUGAUUCCUGUAAAACAUUUGAAGAGAAACGUGCGAUUGUCGGCGAAGUCGUGCAAUUCAAACUGUAAACAAAAUUAUUGAAGUGAUUAUAAAAAUAAACUACACCUGACACAAAAAAUUUCCACUGUAGGUUUGUUUUCUUAUCUAACAUUUGCCUGAAUUACAUUUUAAUAAUACCAAUCUAACCUACAG